AUGUCGGGCCCCAAGCGAAAAUCAUCCCGUCCCGCUCACCACUCAAACAACUCCGCCACCGCAUUCGUCAACCCAUGGCCAUCCGCUGGGACCCCCAGCUGGGCAGAACUCUUUCAAUCAUCUUUUCCGCUGGGUUGGUACACCGAUGAUCUCAGUGGCCACAAGAGAGCUCGCCCACUCAAGGUCGUCACUCCGGACUGGGGCAAGGCGGACCUGGAGAAGAAGAAACUUGACAAGGCCAACAGUGUCAUCGGCACAUGGUUAGGCCAUGCAAGCGCCCUGGUGGAACUGCCGCCUCUCGACAGCUCCGAGAACAAGAGCACAUGGCUUCUAUUCGACCCCAUCUUCUCCAUGCGAGCAGGGCCGACCCCCAAUAGCGGUGUCACCCGCUUCAACCAAGCUCCUUGUAAGCCCGAGGACCUGCCAGGCUGCGAUGCCGUUUUCAUUUCCCACAACCAUUAUGACCAUCUGGACGCUGCCUCAAUAAGGGCCAUCCUCAAGAAAUUCCCGCAGGCAAAGUUUUUUGUUGGUCUUGGUAUCGGGCAAUGGAUGUCGUCGAUGGGGGUUCGGGAUGCACAAAUCUGUGAGAUGGACUGGUGGCAAAAUCGGGAGUAUAGUCUGGAAGACUUCGGUGUCCAACCGCGCCCAGCGUCGACCGAGCAAGUCAUCUUCAGAUUUUCGUGUGUGCCCGCCCAGCAUAAUUCUGCACGCAGUCUCAUCGAUCAAGGGCGCACGCUCUGGUGUGGUUGGGUGGUCGAGCGCUUUCUUCGCUCACAAGACGAAUCAAGCGAAUCUAAAGCCAUCAGACGAGGGGUUAUCUAUCAUGCGGGCGAUACAGGCUAUCGACGGACGUCGAGAUCCGAGGUUGUUUGUCCGGUGUUUAAAGAGAUUGGGGAGAAAUUCGGCCCAGUCGAUCUUUCAUUCAUUCCCAUAUGGCGCGGUGGCACUCUCGGUUUCUUUUCAUACAUGGGCCUUCGACUAUCUCAUCACGACAUCCCGGCGGCGCUUCACGCUUCUCCUGCAGAUGCUGUUGCGAUACAUGUCGACGUUCGAUCACGGAACAGCAUUGGAGUCCACUGGGGCACAUUUAUCGGUGCCGUCAGCGAGUCUUACGAAGCUAUGAUUGAGUUCGCCGAAGCAUGCGAGAAUCGAGCUGUCGAGGGUCUGGACAGCGAAAGCGAGGGGGACAACGGCCGAGCAGGCUUGUUGGACAUUGGCGCCAGUCUGGCCACGCGAAUUAUCUAG